GUGUGAAGUGAAUCUGAACGGCGGUGAAGUGAACCGAUCUGGAGUCUAUGCGCUGCUGUUCAUGAUGGUGCCGCUGGGGAGGAAUGAAGACAGGACCCUAUACACAACAUUACAGAGGCCUCUAGCGUCUUCAUAACACUGUCCUUUCGUCUGCGGGAUAUUAUUAAUGUUGACCGGACAGAAGCAGAUGAACUAAUGACUGGAGCUUCAAUACACAGCCGCAACAAAAGCAAGCACGUGGACACCAACCCAGGACUGAGCUCUUCCAUCAGGAUCAUGGGAGAGAAUGGCCCUCUCACGGAGACAGCCAUGCUCUUUGAGGACGAGGACGAGGAUGUGGACAAACUGGGCCGAGAGGAGGAAGAUGAGGACAAGAUGGCCGACUUCGACAAAGACGACGGCAUAAUCUCGGGACCCUCGUCCUCCUCGGGACGGGUCUACGAUCGCACCACCGUGCUCAUCGAGCAAGACCCCAUCCGCCUGGACGAGGAGGGCGAGGAGGACGGCAUGGCCUUCCUGCCGGAGGGUGAGGGCGACGGGGACGAGGGCUCUCUGGCCUUCAUGGGUGACCCGGAUGGCAUGUCGCAAGGAUACAUACACCACACCAUCUCUCCAGACCAGAUCCAGUUCAUCAUUAACCCGGGGUCCACCCCUAUGCCGCGAAACAUCGAGGGCGCGACGCUAACGCUACACUCCGAGUGCCCCGAGACCAAGCAGAGAGAGGUGAAGCGAUACCAAUGCAUGUUCGAGGGCUGUACGCGCACCUACAGCACGGCGGGAAACCUGCGCACGCAUCAGAAAACGCACCGCGGGGAAUACACGUUCGUGUGCAACCAGCAGGGCUGCGGCAAGGCCUUCCUCACGUCCUACAGCCUGAAGAUCCACGUCCGCGUCCACACGAAAGAGAAGCCCUUCGAGUGCGACGUGCAGGGCUGUGAGAAAGCCUUCAACACUCUCUACAGACUGAAAGCACACCAGAGGCUGCACACUGGCAAGACGUUUAACUGUGAAUCAGAGGGAUGCACCAAGUACUUCACCACCCUCAGUGACCUGCGGAAGCACAUCCGCACACACACGGGGGAGAAACCAUUCCGGUGUGAUCAUGAUGGCUGUGGUAAGGCUUUCGCUGCUAGUCAUCACCUGAAAACACAUGUACGGACACACACUGGAGAGAAGCCGUUUUUCUGUCCGAGCGAUGGCUGUGAGAAGACCUUCAGCUCUCAGUACAGCCUGAAGAGUCACAUUCGAGGUCAUGAUAAAGGUCCGGCGUUCACCAUGAGCAGUCAUCCGCUGUCAGAGGAUGCGAAUCACUCAUUGUGCCUCAGUGAUUUGAGCCUCAUUUCCACAGACUCUGAACUCCAGGAGAACCACAAUUCUCAGGGUUUGGAUCUGAACAGCGUCACCCCCAUACGAAUCUUUGAGCUGAUGUUCCAGAGUCCCGAGAACAGUGUCAGCCCGGACGACCCUAAACCCACAGAAAACCUAGCAGAGUCCUUUGGCCUCGAGCCGUCACCACAGACAGCCGCCGCAGACGUGUCCACUCGACCCCCUUCAUCCACCUCUUCCCCAUCCUGCUCCAUCACGACCCCCGACGUGGAGGCGCAGACUUCGCCUACGACACUCCCCUCUCAGCCGGCUCCGCCCCCUCCCGCUUCCAGCAGCUCAUUACUGACCUCCACCUUCCCCUGUGCUCCGCCCGCCUCGUCACACUCACCAGAAGUGCCCGCUCCAUCCGCCCCCUCGGUCGGCCAGCAGUACGUGACCCUGACCUCCACGGCUCAGCCGGCGCCUCCUCCACCCGCUCCCGGAGUCUCCAGCACUGGGCCGGCCGUGACGACUGAGGUGACGGCGGCAGAAGCGCCCGCGUUGCCUUUGGCUCCUCCUCCACCUCCUACGAUCACUAUCGCCCCCACCCUCGGCCUGCAGCCCAGCAUCGUCAUGUCCGAUCAGAACCUGCAGUGGAUCCUCAGCAGCGCCGCCAGCGCUCAGCAAAACCCUGAACAACAGGGCCCAAAAGUAGAGAAGGUCUUUUUUACAACAGCCAUACCAGUCAGUGGACAUUCAGGGAACGCAGUGCAGCAGAUCGGUCUGAGUCUGCCGGUCAUCAUCAUAAAGCAGGAGGAGUCCUGCCAGUGUCAGUGUGCCUGCAGAGACUCGGCUAAAGACAAGAGCGCUGCCUCCUCGCUGGAGAAGUCGAAGAACGCGUCGCCGCCGCCUCCUCCUCCUCCUCCUCCUCCUCCUCCUCCGGCUCCUCCUGCCCUCCCCGAAGAGCCUGGCUCCUGCUGCCCAUCCAAACAGAGCCCCGCUCAGCCCCAGCAGGACAACCUGGCCGCUCCGGUGACCCCCGGCACCCCCAGCGAUGGCCUGGCCGGCAUGGAUGUCUCGGAUCUUCUCAGUCCAGACACCACGGCCAACAUUGAGGCUCUGCUGAUGGUGGACGAGUUCGGUACGACCGGCGGCGCCCCCUAGAGGCCGAAGCCUCGCUGAUCGUCUGUACCGUGUACGGAUGGGUAUCUCGCACACACCUGUACCUCUGCUAUAGGCACGCGUCUCUCCCUAGGCCCGCGUGGCGUCCUGAUCCCACGGAGCGGUUUUCGGUGCACUUUUAAGGGAGAGUAGCAGGCGGAGCAGAUUAGGGCAUCGGGAGAAGCGGCUUGGUCGCCUCUCGUAAUAAUUCGAGUCUCUUUAACCCCGCUGUUUCUGUAGAUUAUUUCAGAGAUCUGAAUCUGCUUAUAGUGAUUCACCGCACGAAGCGAGAUGAGUUUUGGCCCGGCCACAUGCUGUACUUGAGUUUAAACUUGAAACCCGGGAGAUCGGUGGGAACGUCAGUCCGCUGAUGUGUCCGAGACGUCCACAGCAAGGCCUUCGUAACAGUUUGCGGGUAAUGAAGUCAUCCACGAAAAAAAAAGUAUUUUAUGUGUAAUUUAUUAGAAAGGCUGCAGUGCUCAAAAUAAUAAUAAUAAUGUGAUUUUUGAGAGAUUUUAUUUUACAGUUUGUCGCUCUCGAUGAACUGCAGUGAACAUUUACCUGCCUUUUUAAAUGUAAUUUAGGUUUGUUUGGCUGCCUAUAACUUAGUAUUUAAUUUUAUGUAUGUUAAUUUAUUAAAAAAAAUCAAUUGUUGGAUAAAUGUAGCUCUUUUUCCCAAGUUUUCACUAUAGUUUUCUAGAUGUCCCCCCAAACUAAGUCUGUCUUUAAAUGAAUCUCACGAAACAUGUCUAGAAAUAUUCUGGGUCACGUUUCCCACAAUGAAAAAAUUUAAAUCUAUAAAAUGGUACUUUUUGCAUAAAGAAAAUAGAAAACUCUGUUUUGCUUUUUUAUGGCAAAUUCAUACCUCAAAUGUAAAAAUAGUAUAAACAGUGAAAAA